GGGUUGGACAUUCAGCUGGUAAAAGUUUUCGUGCGCUUUUCUCUGGGUGUUGUUUGGACAGCGCUCGGGGGAGACUAACGUUAUUUAAUCGUCGGAAAGAGUUCGUAAUGUUCGACUAAACACCGAAAACUGCCAAACGUCCACUAAACGCAAACGAAUGGCCAGUUUUGUGCUUGUUUUCAGACUGUAGCCAUGAUGACUCCAAAUUAGCUAUCGGGCUAAACGCUCCGAAAUGGACUCGGUUUCGCGUGUCAGUGCCAACCUGGAUCCGGAUUUCAGGAUGAAACCGAAGUCUAAUCGGUCCAGAGUCGAUUCGGAUUAACAAUGCUCUCCAGAAAGAAGAGUAAAAACGAAGCGUCCAAACCACCCGAAGUUCAGGGCAAAUAUGUGAAGAAAGAAACGUCCCCUCUUCUGAGAAAUUUGAUGCCCUCAUUUAUCCGCCAUCCAACGUUCCUUCGACGCGAACCUCCAUUAGUGGAGCCGGUUUCGGCUGGUGUGCCUGGUCCCGGUCCCGGUCCGUACACCACUGGAUCUGUUGGAGAUGUUAGCGGCCCUAAGAGUUUCCUGCGCAAUGCUCCUCCACGGACCCCGCUAGAGGUUUCACGCAGAGAGAGUCACCGUCUGUCUGCCCCGCCACAUCUUCAUCGUGAUUACUCCCCUUCCUCACCAUCCUACAUCAGCGAUGCCAGUUCUGUAACAGAGAACGGAGACAACGGCCCGUAUUACUAUCCUCCAGAACCAUACUACAAUAACCAACCCAGACGAGCACGCAGACCAGACCACUUUAAUGAGAACUACAGAUACUAUGACCACAAUGAACUCAACUUCCCACGAAACCCAGGACAGCCCCAGACGCCUCAGCCACACAGCCGCCCUCCACCUGCAAUUGGCCGAGUGCCAGCAAAGUCAGUGGGUAAUCUGACGACCAUGAGCGGGGAGGAGGCGGCUCUUCCUCCUGGCUGGACUGUAGAUUGGACGAUACGAGGAAGGAAGUAUUUCAUCGAUCACAACACAAACACGACUCAUUGGAGCCAUCCGCUGGAGAGGGAGGGGCUUCCGCCAGGCUGGGAGAGGGUGGAGUCGGCCGAGUUUGGAGUCUAUUAUGUUGACCACAUCAACAAACGUGCCCAGUACAGACACCCCUGUGCACCCAGUGUGCCUCGUUAUGACCAGCCCCCUCCCCCACCCGUCACCUACCAGCCCCGCCCACCAGAACGCAACCCGCCUGUACUGGUACCAGCAAACCCGUAUCACUCAGCUGAGAUUCCAGACUGGCUACAGGUGUACGCCAGAGCUCCACUAAAAUAUGACCACAUCCUGAAGUGGGAGCUCUUCCAGCUGAUGGAUCUGGACACAUAUCAGGGGAUGCUGAAGCUGCUCUUCAUGAAGGAGCUGGAGUGCAUCGUCAAAUCUUAUGAAGCAUAUCGACAAGCGCUGCUGACCGAACUGGACACGCGCAAACAGCGGCAGCAGUGGUACGCUCAGCAACCAGCCAAAAACUACCCUCCAAACAUCUGACUGUUUGUUAUGACACACUCAGACAGCUUACUUAUCAGUGCCUUACACUCUCACAUCCGACUCCAAAUAUAAAGCCCAAAGAGAGACUCUACACAGAACGUGACACUAUUACUCUUCUAUUAUUAUACGGCAGUGUGUUACGAGUUUUGACUGUGUGUUGGAAGUGUGUGUGUGCGUGUGUGUCUUUGUGCAUAUGUUGGCCUGCAGGCAGCUGUGGGUUAUGGCAGGACUCAGUCAUUCUUUAUGGCAUUGUCUUUAUGGACAAUCACUUCUAUCAGUUAUCACUGAUUUAUGUUUAAUCCUAUUUGCAAUGAUAGUUUCGCUUUUAGGGCGAACACACAAAAAUGCAUCCAGGUCACAUUUCAGGCCGAAUUUAUAGUUCAUGGAAAGAAAAUGAAGCCUGGUUUGGAUUGUUUAGCAUUUAAUUAACAAAUAAUAAAUAAUAAAAGUCACUAUUUUUUUUUUAAUCAUAGUAAUUAAAGUUGCUUUAGUAUUCUGAAUGUUGAGCAAUCUUCAUGGUGCUUUAUUUUCUUGAAGUAAAAUAUGACCUGGACAUUUUUGUAAGUUCGUCCUUGAUUGUUUGUGUGGAUUCCUUUUUUUAAGGAAUUAGCUUCUUAUAUUUAAGGAUAACAUUUUGAGGCUGAAUCGUCACUUUGAAUGAAGUGAAGGCGUUUUUAAAGAGGUUAGUGCUUGUUUUUUCCCCAGUUAAAAAUGUGUGUAAAAAGUAUUUUCAGCAUCAUCACUAAAUAAACCAGGACCUUGUA